CAGAAGUUCACACACUACUUUGACAACAUGAUCAGGUUGUCAGUGAUAAAUCUACGAAGGCAUAUUAAAUAAGAGGUUAAUACAUAGGUUGUUAACUGCAGAAUAUUGUCUGCAGCAUCAUAGCUUUGUAUGACAUAUGCAUUGUAACUCAUUUACCGUUAUGGACCAAUCAGAUGUGGAGUUUGAACUCAAAUAUGCAAGGAAUCCUUUAGCGUGAAAGUCAGCGUGCAGGCAGGCAGAACUACAGCUGCCACUCUCAAGCAUGGGAUCCAUGCCCCUGUCUCGUGUCUGUGGAAUAUUGGUUCUCCUCAGUGUUGGUCUGAUUUCCAUCCCCCCUCCUUGCCACGGAGGGAACAUUCUGGUGUUCCCCAUUGACGGCAGCCACUGGAUCAACAUGAAGCUGCUGCUGGAGGAGCUUCAUGCCAGAGGACACAGCCUCACUGUGAUCCGGAGCAGCAAAAGCUGGUACAUCCCAGAGGAGUCUCCUCUUUACACAUCCAUUACCAUUCAAAUGGAUGAGAGUCUGGAGAACUUCUUUGAUGAGUUCCUGCAGCAACACAUGAAGGUUCUGAGAGACGAGGCGUCAAUUCUAACUACCAUCAAAAUCACAAAUGAUUUCCUCUCCAUGAUAACUCAUGCUCAUUCCAUCUGGUAUGAUGCCAUAAGUCAAUUAUUAGAUGAUAGAAAUAUGGUCAAAAGAUUAAGGGACGCCCAAUAUGAUCUUGUUCUCACUGACCCGGCCGUAGCACCAGGGGUUCUGUUAGCAAAGUAUCUCAAACUGCCCCUGGUGCUAAAUGUUCGGUGGAUCCCUGCUGGAGACGGACAGUUUGCCAUAGCCCCCUCCCCACUCUCUUAUAUCCCAGUGCCAGGAUCGGGCUUAACCGACAAAAUGAAUUUCAUGCAGAGGAUCAAGAACCUGCUUUUCUACGGCAUCUUAUUGUUCCAGAACAAAUUCUUGAUCGGGCCAAUCUAUGAUGUUGCCUGCAGUAAAUACAUUGAGGAUGACUGUGACAUCAUCUCGAUGCUUCAGGAUGCAGACAUAUGGCUGUUCAGGUCAGACUUUGUGUUCGACUUCCCUCGGCCCACGAUGCCGAACGUCAUCUACAUCGGAGGGUUCCAGUGCAAACCGGCCCAGCCUCUGCCAGCGGACCUGGAGCAGUUCGUUCAGAGUGCUGGGGAGCAUGGUGUGAUCAUCAUGACUCUGGGAACCUUGGUGAACGCUUUACCCAAAGAGGCAGCAGAUGACAUCGCCAGCGUCUUUGCCAAGAUGCCUCAGAAGGUGAUAUGGCGACACAAAGGGGAGCGUCCCUCCACUUUGGGAAACAACACACUCAUCGUGGACUGGAUGCCACAGAGGGACCUCCUGGGCCACCCUCAGACCAAAGUCUUUGUAGCUCAUGGAGGAACCAACGGAGUCCAGGAGGCCAUUUACCAUGGGGUGCCCGUGGUCGGUAUACCCCUGUUCUUUGACCAGUUUGACAACCUUGUACGAUUGAAGGAGAGAGGAGCUGCCAAGAUCAUUGAACUGGGCGACCUUAAUGGACAGAGUUUCGAACAAUUGCUUCAGGAAGUGCUCCUGCAAGACAGCUGCAGACAGAACAUGCAGAGACUGUCUAGCUUGCACAGAGAUCAGCCUAUAGCACCCAUGGAUCACGCUAUCUUCUGGGUGGAGUAUGUAAUCCGUCACAAAGGGGCAGCACACCUGCGUACGGAGGCUUAUAAGAUGCCCUGGUACUCGUACUACAGUUUAGAUGUUCUGUUAGCGUUGCUGACUGCUGCGGCUGCACUGCUGCUCUUUACUGUGGCUGUUUUCUGGUUCCUAUGCUGCAGAAGUAGAAGGAAGACAAAAUCUAAAGCUGAUUGAGUUUCAAAAUGUUAAGAAAUCUUAUAAAAUGGGUUCUCUAAAGCUCUGUAGACACAAACGUAAUGUUCAUUCUAAGGUAUCUAAUUUUUGCUAGAGAAUCAAAUAUCCUGCUCAUGAUCCCCCUGUGGAAAUCCCAAAAAAAUCUUCCAUACAAAGUUUCCAAUUACCAGAGGCUGUAAUUGGGCAGACAUUAGGACACAGCAGAGAGUUCUCAAUGUUACUUUGAAGAUAAAGGACUGUGGCCCUGCAUUGGAUAUAUCCUUAUAAAAUCUUAGGUAACCAGGAAAUGCAAAGAAGCCAGAGAAGACUCCGGGAAAGGAGAAAAAAGGUUAAGGGAACAUGUAAUCGUGUCAGUUUAAAAACAAGUCAGUUAAACUUCAGGAAUAUUUAUUUGUCAAUUUUGGAAGAAGUGAUAGUGAAUUGAUUUCACUUGCUUUGGUGCAAAUGCAAGUGACAACAGGUGCAAUGGAGGCAAAAGCAAAACAACCCUCGAAAAGGGAUUGGUUUUACAUAUAGUGGCCACUGACAGUUGCUCUCUCCUUAUCCUUCCUGACUGAUUCUUCUCUAGCUUUGUCCUUUGUUGUGUCCUUUUCACUACUGGUAGCAGGAGGAUGUAGCUGCAGCCCAAUCAGGUUACACAGGUAGUCCAGCUCCUCCUGGAUGACACAUCCAUAAGUGCAGUCUCAAGAUGGUUUUCAGCGUCUCUCAGCAGUCUCAAGAGCAUGGAGGAGACAGCAGGAGACCAAACUAACAAACCAAACAAUUGGCUGAAUGAUUAACAGAUUAAGCAAGAAUAAUCAUUUUUUGCAGGAUAAAACAAUGUUGUAAAUUUGCUUCUCCUCAAACUACUACAACAAUAAAAUGCUUCUUACACAUGAA